UUAGACUUGACAUUGGUAUGAAGGCGCAAGUAGCAAUGAAGGGGAGCAAAACACUUGUCAAAUCCUGUGAAACCACGUGAGUAUGGCGGAGAGCUUCUCCCCCGGGAUAUAAAGUGUGAAGAUCGGGAAAGAUUAAUUAUGAUCAAUAAAGUUUUGGAAGGAGACAAAAUGGAUUUUGAUGGAAUGCAGGGGAAAGGAACUCAAGAUGUCAGCAGUUGUAGUAGUGCAUGGUGGGGCGUGGACCAUACCAGAUGAACUGGCCGAGGCCUCUGUUAAUGGAGUGAAGGCCGCAGCAUGUGAAGGGUUUUCUGUGCUGAAAAGGGGAGGAAAUGCAGUGGAUGCUGUUGAGGCAGCUGUGAGAGCUAUGGAAGAUAACACUGUAUUUAAUGCAGGGCAUGGAGCAGCACUUAAUACUGAUGGAGAAGUGGAGCUGGAUGCUAUUAUCAUGGAUGGAAGAACACUUGCCAGUGGUGCUGUGUCUUGUGUGAAGAACAUUGCCAACCCUGUGUCACUAGCACGGGCAGUGAUGGAAAAGACUGCCCACAUCAUGUUGACAGGCAGAGGAGCAAACAUGUUUGCAGAGAGCAUUGGUAUAGUCACAGUUCCUACUGAGACACUAGUGACCGAGUAUGAGAUGAAAGAAUGGGAGAAACACAAGAAUUAUGUCACUGGAGUAAUGGAAGAUUUCAACUCUCAGUGGGCCCAUGAUACUGUUGGGGCAGUUGCUGUGGACUGUGCUGGUAAUGUUGCAUGUGCAACAUCAACUGGAGGGAUCAGAAAUAAAAUGGUUGGCAGAGUAGGAGACUCUCCAAUUAUUGGCUCUGGAGGAUAUGCAGACAACUUCACUGGUGCAGUGUCUUGUACCGGUCACGGAGAGUCCAUUCUUAAAGUCACACUGGCCAGACUCAUUCUUUCACAUAUUGAACAAGGUAAAUCUGUAGCAGAUGCUUCACAGUUGUCUCUGCAGUACAUGGGAGACCGUGUUCAAGGUGCAGGAGGUGCAAUUGUAGUUUCUCCAUCAGGGAAGUGGGCAGCCACAUUUACCACAGAACGGAUGGCUUGGGCAGCUGUGGAAAAUGAUGUUCUGUGGUAUGGAUUAGACCCAAAUAAAAGAUUAAAAGAGCAAUUGUCCAAAUAACAAUUGUAAAGGAGAAGAUAAAUAAUACAACACACAAGUCUUGAGACCCCUCAGUCACUGCAGCAAAUACUACUUUUUCUUAUUGCAUAUCAGUUAUGCAUAUACAGGAUGAUUUAUUUUAUUUAGAAAAAAAAAAGAAGAAUAGUAAGACUCUUGGGUCCAUAGGUCUCAUUCUUGACAGACUGUAUCAAAGGUGCAUUAUGCAAGAUCAAAAUGUGGACACCACUAAUACACUGACUGUGAAAGCAAUCAAAGGUAUAUCUGUAUAAAUGUAAGUGUUAUUUCUCAAAUAUGAUGGACCAUACAUAUGUCAGUAUUCAGUCUCUCUGUGUUGUUCAUUCUGACUGUAGGAGAAAGAACUGUCGUCCUGAGAAUAGCUUCCAUUUUAGUAAUCGUUUGUUUGAUUGAUUAGGACUCAAUAAAAUGAACAGAUUAACUGAUACUAAGAAA